UAUAGCUCGGUCCGAUGUCAUCCCCAAACACAGCACAACUAAACCCUACUGGCCGUUGGCCGGUUUCUUUGAUUUUCUUUGUAUGUAGCUUUGGCCAUUGGCCAACUCUAGUCGUCCAUCGAACAGCUUCGUUAACUCCGCUGGCGCUAACUGAAGAUUUGCCUACACAACAAGCUUAAAUGCAUGCGUUCUCUCUGUACUAAUAUUAUAACCUGCGCACCCUACCGUUACAUCCGCGGUCUUUCACUCUCUCCGAUCUCCACAAUGUCUUCACUUCUUCUUCCAUCGAUUUCUCUGCAGAAGCUAUCUCUCAAUGCUUCGGAAUCCUCCAAGAGCUGUAGCUCGUUUGGUUUUUCCUGUUCCAAACAUGGAAUUCGAAGCUUUAGUCCUAAAAAUCUGGAAAAAUCUAGAGUCUUCAUGAGCGCUUCCGUUGGAUCUCAAACGGCUGUUGAUGACACCCUGUUUCUGGAUUAUAAGCCCUUGUGUGCAUUUCUAUUUCCUGGUCAGGGUGCACAGGCUGUUGGAAUGGGUAAGGAGGCUCAAAAUGUACCAGCUGCUGCUAACUUGUACAAGAAAGCAAAUGACAUACUUGGUUUUGAUCUUCUGGAUAUCUGCACAAAUGGACCAAAGGAAAAGCUGGAUUCAACUGUUAUAAGCCAGCCAGCCAUCUAUGUCACAAGCCUGGCUGCAGUUGAAGUAUUGCGUGCUCGUGAUGGAGGCCAGCAGAUAAUUGAUUCUAUAGAUGUCACUUGUGGUCUGAGUUUGGGAGAAUACACUGCUCUUGCAUUUGCUGGGGCAUUCAGCUUUGAGGAUGGAUUGAAGCUGGUCAAAUUACGUGGAGAAGCAAUGCAGGAAGCAGCUGAUGCUGCUAAAAGUGCCAUGGUCAGUGUCAUAGGACUGGAUUCAGAAAAGGUGCAACUAUUAUGUGAAGCAGCCAAUGCAGAAGUAGAUGAGGAAAACAAAGUUCAGAUUGCAAAUUUCCUAUGUCCUGGCAAUUAUGCUGUCUCUGGAGGUGUGAAAGGAGUGGAAGCAGUUGAAGCCAAGGCCAAGUCAUUCAAGGCUCGGAUGACAGUACGAUUAGCUGUUGCCGGUGCUUUUCAUACUAGUUUUAUGGAACCAGCUGUUUCAAGAUUGGAAGCUGCUUUGGCAUUGACAGAAAUCAGAACCCCAAGAAUACCAGUCAUAUCAAAUGUAGAUGCACAGCCACAUGCAAAUCCUGAUACAAUUAAGAGGAUAUUGGCAUGCCAGGUUACUUCUCCAGUUCAGUGGGAGACAACAGUGAAGAAUCUCUUAGCUAAAGGGCUCAAGAAGAGCUAUGAGUUAGGACCAGGAAAAGUUAUUGCUGGCAUCGUGAAAAGGAUGGACAAAGGUGCUGAUAUUGAGAACAUUGGUGCUUGAGGGGAAACAGCCUUCCCGUCUGAUGAGGCUUCAGGCCUUCUUUAGUGGCUCAUAUUCAAAUCAUUUAGGCCUUGAAGAUUUUUGGCACAAAGGUUUCCUGAUUUCUCAACUGUUGGGUCUGGGUUUGCAUUGCAGAUGAAAAUACCAAACUAACAUAGAGCACAUGAUGCAAAGACCGAACUUUGAUCUUGAACUUUCGGGUUGGAUUGCUUGGGAUUUGCUUUCCAGUCUUGAGAUAUUCAGAUGUAAUGGGUGAUUGAACAAAACUUAAUGUAUAUUGGCCAUCUGCAGAUUAUUCACUGUGUGAGUAUCAGAAGCCAAUUCAGACAUUUAACAUUUUGAGACUUUAACCUUUGGAAU